AUGUCUCUAUCCCUCAAUCUCCAUCCCCAAGUCCUACAGCAAUACAAAUCUACAACCAGAAAUACAAAAUCCAAUCACCUAACCAACCAAAGCACCUCCACCGCAACAAAACAAAACAAGAUGAUCCCCUUUUCCCGUCCCCCCACCACCCACAUCCCAUCCACCUCUCUCCCCCACACAGUCCAACCCUUCCCCAUCUUCCAGCGCUUCUGCGACUCCAACAUCUACAGCAGCAAGCAACUCCGCACUCUCUGGACCAGCGCUCAACAAUCCCAAAACAUGAAUGAAAUGAACCGUGUGGCGGUAUGGAUCCAACAUCAUUAUACCAUUCUCAAUCAAUACCGAGUUCGGAUUUUAGAAUAUACGAUUAGAGAACAUGGUGUAGAUGAGGGAGUGAGAAAUCAGUUGAGAAGAAAUCUUUGGGAGGAAUAUGAGAGGAUGGGGACGACGAUGGUGGAGGCUGAGAGGUUUUUGAGAAGGUGCGGGAGGUUUGGUACGGUUUAG